GGAAGGAAAAAGAUUAGCAGGCAGUGCUGCGUAACCUUUAAAUCUGUGUUAAUUCCUUGAUAUCCAUGUUUGUGCUUUGCCUGUUGUUUAACAAACUACAUAAUAUUAAUUCUUCAUGUCAGGAUAAAUUCGUCUCAUUGAACUUAGAAGCUUCUCUGGUUAGCUGGGCUUGCUAGCUGCGGAAAAAGACGCGGAAGUGAUCAACACCACUAAGCAGAGCUCAAGUGUGAGUGUAACGUGUUAUGAUUGUGUGAAAAUGUGUAAAGUACAAAUGCUGAGAGCUUUGGUGAAUCAGCGACUAACUGCGGCCGUUGAAGAAAUAUUUGUAGUGUUGGAAAGAACGAUAGCAGAGUAUGAGGAGGAACUUUGUCGAACAAAAGAGGAGAACGAGCGACAACGUCAACUACUGGACGCUGCAUUGCAGAAACAUCAAGUCGUGUUACAAAGAGCAGACGACAGUGAGCAGCAGGAGCGCAGCUCUAGGGUGGAGCAGGAGGAGCCACAGCCCCCCCACAUUAAAAAGGAAGAGGAGGAUCACAUUGUCAGUCAGGAGGGAGAGCGUCUUGAAGGACUGGAGGAGUCCCCUGUUAUUGGUGUCCCUGUGAAGAGUGAAGAUGAUGAAGGUACAGGUAAAAGUGAAGAGAAGAGAGAGGUAGAGCCCACAAGCAGCAGCAGCUCAGCUCAACACAUGACAACAGAAGCUGAUGGAGACCACUGUGGAGGAUCACAAGCAGAUAACUUCUUAGCUCCACUAUCAGAUAGCGAGACCACAAUGUCACACUCUCCUGACACUGAUAAUGAAGAGUCUAAAGCUGAUGUGACAUUUCACACUAGCAACACACGCUUUAAAUGCACUCAAUGUGGGAAAACCUUUGGCAACAAUGGAAAUCUGAAAAUACACAGCAGAUAUCACACAGGAGAGAAACCUUUCGCCUGUUUAGUUUGUGGCAAAAGAUUCUUUCAGAAGUCACAUUUAAAAGCACACGCAAGGAUACACACCGGAGAGAAACCUUAUCCUUGCUUGGUGUGUGGUAAAAGAUUCUCUAAAAAAGCAAAUUUUAACAGACACACAAGAAUACACACUGGAGAGAAACCUUUUUCCUGCUCAGUUUGUGGGAAAAGUUUUUCUCAGAAGAUAACGUUGAUCGGACACACAAGAACACACACUCCAGAAAAAAACUUUUCCUGUUCAAUGUGUGGUCAGCGAUUCACAAAUAGUACAAACUUGACAGAACACAUAAGAAUCCACACUGGGGCGAAACAUGAACACUUGUCGGAGAUUGUUUCUUUGCUGCAUUUCAAAGAAGGCAAAUAAGGAAACUAUCAAGACUGGAUGACUCUUAAUAAAACAAACGUUGUGCAAAAUAAUGACUUGUAACACUGCUAACUGACAUUAAAUGUUUGGAUUUUAAUCUUCACCUAUUACAUGUAUCCAAUGAUCACGCUUGUUUCAUUCACAAACGUGGACAGUUCCACCACCGUGGCUGACGUAUCUGGGGUAGUCAAAACACUCCCCGGUGGCAAAGCUCCAGGAGGGGAUGAGUUUCGCCUUGGGUUAGUAGGGUUAGGGUUAGGGGUUAGGGUUAGGGUUAGGGUUAGUCGUUUGAGCUCGAGCUCCUCCCCCUCUAACUGAGGUGGAGGAGGAAAAUGCACUGGCCUUCCCCUGGGCCCGAGCCCGCCCCCGAGUCCCUGAGCCAGGGACCACGCGGGUCCCUGUAUUGGCAAUCGCCUGUGGGCGUACAUCUGCGGUCCGGUGGCCACGAGAGCGCCCCCUCCCGCAACGCACCACUGUCCAUUCCCCAUCCAUGGGGUCCAUAAUAUUUAUUUUAAAGAAUGUAUAUAUUUUUUUAAGUUUUUGUAUUUUUUUACUUUUUUUUGGUUUUUGUAAUUUUCUAAAACAAAAGCAAAAACAAAACAAACUUAACAAAAUCAACAAUAACCACUCUGGCUUUAAACCAUGCAAAUCAAAAAAAGGUGUGCUCAAUCGCGACGUUUCGAUCCUGUUGGAUCUUCCUCAGGCGUAGCACACCUCUGUCCACAAUCCCAAAACUCAAAAAGUAGCAGAGCUCCUUCUCCUACAACAGCCAACUCAAUAAUGAGCCAGCCCCAGCUGUGCUCUUUGAUCUCACUCAAGUGUUGCUCUUUGAACACACUCAAGUGUUGCUCUGUCACCAAAUCUAACUAAAGUGAGAGUAACCACACUUAAACUGUUUUUCUUGUAUAUAUCUCUUUUCCUCAUAACUUUUAUUGUCUAUUGUGUGUACUGUGCUCAUGUUUUUUUGUCUUUAUAUCUCUUUCUUUAUUUCUAUUUCUUUUAACUAAAUGUUUUUUUUAAUCCAAAUGUAUCGUCCUUCCUAAACAACAUAUUUUCACCAAACUUUUUUUAAUAUUCCCUCUUUUCAACCCCACCCUUCUGGCCCCUAUAAAUUCCCAUAUUUUUCAUCUUAAAACGCCCCAUAUAAUAACAUGCAAUAACCUUUAUUAAUCCUUAAAAACGUUUUUAAUUAUUGUUUUAUUCUUUUCUCUCGUAUGCCUGUCCAC